GGGCGUUCACCAUAGUGUUCACUCACUCUUCACGUCCUGCGAGAUAGACAACUGUGCGCUGUUGACUUCGUUGGAUCGCAAAGGUGAUGAAGAUUUUAGCUGUGAUUUUAAUUUUCUGCGCUUUAACUAGCGCUAAACCUAAAUUGACGAACUUCAGAAGCGAGAAUCAAGAUCCUGUUGAGGAAAUUGAAGGAUUAUCGGAAGGUAUUUAUUGAUAACCAUAUAUCACUUGUUUGCUCUUAAAAUUGGUUUACCACAAUACUUAAAACAUAAAAACCAGCAUAAAAUAUGCUCAAUGGAAUCGAUUCUUUUUGAGUUACAUGAGUAAUUCAACGCAAGGGUUUUGGCAUGUCAGUUAUUUGGUUUUAGUUUAAUUCGCAUCAUUACGCUUGAUUUAUAAUUUGCUACAAGGAAAAAAAGCAUGAAGGCUUAAAGACAGAUAUUAGUAGCUGAAAAAUCCUCAGACUGAAAAUAACUAAAAGAUGAGCUGAAUAUACGAGAAAAUGACCCUUUAUACCCGUUCGAGUUUUAAUUUUAUGCUCCAAACCGAAAUCGAUUAUAGGGCGGCAAUUGCAAAAUCACUGUUAUCGCGUCACGACUCGCAUACUACAAAUUUGCUCAUUUUGAAAACAGAAAGUUGUUUGCCUGUUGAUACACUGAGUUAGCCUUGGAAGGUGCAAUCACUUCCUCAUGCAACUAUUUAGUACGUAUACUUGCUUCGAAUCUCAUUACAUCGUGAGUAGCAAUCAACAGAAUAUAUACCGCGGUGAUAAACAAAACCAAGUUAACUUGAAUCAAUUAAGAAAACGGUCCAAUCAAAUGAUUCACGAAACGGAAUUUAGACUGAGCUUUUAUUAAAAUAAAAAAUUUUUGGUCCGUUUUGCGUUCUCCGGAAUUCUGGGGGUUUUAUUCCCUUCUUGAACUCGCUCGAACCCGAAAGGGUGAAAUUGAUCGAUUGCUGAUUCGUGUUUCAUCGGAUCACCAAGAGACUGUAUUAAAUAACCCAAUAAAGUAUAUUUGAUAACAAGAUCAGUAUAGUUUAUAAUGUUUCCUCACGUUCGCUGUCUUAUCUGAGUAUAUAGCUUUGAACAAGAACGCAAAAAAGCAAAUUCGUUUAUCAACAAGACAAAUUUCCGCUUUCCACACUGGAACUAACAAACGUUCUUUCUGAAAAUUGUUUCAUUGUUUGGCUGGUUCCACGAGUGUGCAAGACGAAGCGAGUCCUGUCUUCUACCCGACCGUGCAAAGGUGGGCCUGUCUUGCCCACUUUAAUUUGUCUCUUAAGGAGAGAUUUUGGUUUGGCUAUACGAUAAAUCCUUUAUCGGCCAAGCUUGUUCGGUCAGGAUGGCUGAAUAUUGGCCUCGUUCGUUUUUAUAUGCUUCACUUGAGUUCAUACCAAUAUUGGCCAAUAUCUAGGGAUAUUGACCAAACACGUGGUCAAGUGGGCGUAGUUCUCAUCAUCAUGCAUGCAUAAAACAGCGUAACUGACAAAGGACAAGCCUUUGAAAACCGGGUUAGCAAAAAAAACUCAACUCAUUCUACUACUUGGCAAUUUAAGACAAUAAGACAUCUUUCAAAGGCCGAUUAAAAGCCUUUAUUUGACGCCGGGCUGUAAGUUAGUGGUUACUAGAAGUAUUUCAACGGCUCCAAAAUAGAAAUUCGCGAAAUUCUGUCUACAGCCACUUCUACACAAAUCCCUAACCACAAAACGAACAAAAAAAGACAUAAGCAAAUAACUCAGUAAAGAAGCUAUUAGACAGGGGAAUUGAGAAAUUACAAAAUGUUUGCUAACCCGGUUUUCAUAACUCCAGGUAGAUAUACGUUUGUCGUUUCCUGAGGGCAGAGGCCUCUUACAAGAAAAAAAAGACCUCUGCUAUCGGUGUAAGUCUAACCUGAGAUCAGGCCCAACUUUAGCAGCUUCCAUACAUUCUCUUUAGCCUCCCACGCAGACGUUCUUAGGGGUUCGUCAAGCGUUAGAGGCGUAGGAACGCGUGACGAACCUCUAAGAACGUUUGCGUCAAAGAGGCUACUAACAUUCUCUCUUACUUGGUCGCGUUUUCGUUUCGCCUUUCCCGCCAGAAUCAUUUUUAAUACCAAGCGAAACGAAAAUAGAGCCUGAUCUCAAGUUAGCUUAGUCUAAAUUAGAUAAUCAUUUAAUGCGUUCGACGAAGUUAGUCAGUUAAUCUCAGCAUUCAUGUGGCUUUAGAGGUAGUGGAAUUGGGGGAGGGGAGGGGAGGGAGAGUAGUGAACAAUUAACUUCAGUCAUAGCAAAGACAAUAAAUGUACUUUUUAUUCACAGAUGAAACAAAAAUCACUGAGCCCCUCGGGUCGGAUGCUACAGGUGAAUUGGAGGAAGUUGUCGAUAACACUGCGACUUUUGGUGAUGGGCUGAAUGACCACAGUGAGGGAAGAGAGGGAGAGGAAGGAUCUGGCGUGAAUCCAGCAGGCGCCGGUGGACAAUCUCCCAGCCCCCGUAUAAAAUGUUUGAUCUGGAAAUGUGCUUAUAUUUGUCAUCGCCACUUUAAAAGUCAUCCAUUUCGUUGGUGCGUUCAUCGUUGUGUAUUACACUUCUAUUGUAAAGCCCAUCCAUCGAAGUGCUCUAAGAAAACACCUGCGGAUGAGAGGCAAGAAGGCAUUCCUUUUAUUGAAAAGGAGUCCGCUGAGGCUUGAUACAGUCCAGGCAAUCAAUAUAUACGGUAAGACGAGUAGUUUCGCCACUUCUGCGUACUGUUUCCUAAGACCUAACGCUGCCCAGCCUAUGAAGAAAAUUAAGGUUUUUAUUUUGUAUAAAAUCACCCUGAUAAGCGAAGCCUUUCUUUCGCUCUCUCGAUUUUAGCGUACUCAAGAAAGACUCUGCAUGAAUCAAGUAAGAUCUUUGUUGAGCAUGCGCUGCAUGUUGCUAGGAUUGUUUCGAACCCAUUCCUUAAUUAUAGGCGUGCGCGUGGUACAGCAGUUUCGGCUAUGACCAUCGGUUUAUCAAUGAACGAAUGCUCGUAUUCGCAAAAAACCAGAUUGACGAGAGAAAACACGAUCGACUAGUUCAGAAGUUCUGGCUGUGGUGGCUUCAAAAGCUUGACGCGAUUCAGGCAGAACCUUAUUUUCUCCUACUUAUUCAAAAACUCUGCUUGAGGAGCAGCCUCAUACCCAGACCAGUUCGCGCUAUUCGAGUUACCGGAGGAGGCUUGGAACCAAGUGCAAUAGCGAAUUUUCCCAACAAGCUUGACAGGUGACGUCACAUCCAAAAUCGCCGAGGACGACAAGGAACGAGGCUGCUCGCGUGGUGGUAUAAAUUAAAAGCUACCAGAAAUAUGUUAACUGAUCUUAACCAUAAAAUAACGUCUCGCAUCCCCCCAGUACAGAUUGUCAGGCAAAGUUUACUUUCUUUUUCGUUGUUCUACAUACAUACUCUGGGACCGUUAGAAAUAAUUUUUACAAUGAAGUCAAGACUCUGAUUCCCGAAUAUUACCCAGUUACCUGUAAUCAAACGUUUUGUUCAAUGAGCUGAUGAACUCAUCUAAUUGCUUAUCCCUAUACAAUUCAUGAAAUAUAUUUCAGCUUGCUUUGUCAUUGAUCUUCGCGACAAUUUAUUUACCAAAGUAACUCAGUUGUCCGUUGGUGUAAUUUUAGUUCUUCUUCUUAUAACUCCAGGGGGAGGGGGGCGAAAAAAAAUUUAUCUCGCUUCCUCCCAAACCACCCCCGCUCCCUAAGUAGUUUUGACACUCAUCCAAGAUGGCCGCCCGUAACGCAAAGCGCUCGAUCUCGACGAUCUUACGGGAAAAUAGGGGACUGUGAACAGUCUAAACGCCUUCUUUUAACGCAAGGCUACUAAGGAGCACAAUUAGCAACACUAUAAGCACUCAUCUUUUUCUGAUUGCUAUUUUAUCUCUUUUUUCCUUGCAGACUGGUUAUGUCAAGACUUUACAGCGAUGCAAUGCGUUGUCAAAAGUCAUUGAUUUUUUUUUUCAUUAAAGUGUAAUUUUUAUUAUAUGUUUAAACAUUUUUUACUCAGUAGACAAGUACAGACGUCCU